UAGCUCUCGAGGCCCAUUUUCUCUUCUCUCCCCCCUCUCCCUCAGCUUGAAGCUGCUGUUGGUGCUUCUCUCUCAUCAGUAGAAGAGAGAAGCAAUUAAAGGCUUUCACGACUCUCCCAUUCUCUUUGGAGUGGAGGUUGCUUUCUGCUUUCUUUUUGCUGUAACUCUUGUUCUUUUGUGAGCUGUGACCUAUAAAAAACUUUGUCAAAUUUUGAGAGAGAGAGAGAGAGAGAGAGUUGACACAUGGGUUCCUUCAGAUCCAGGGAACCCAGAUGGGAAAAGGCCCAAAGGUGACAUCUUUUGGAUUUGGAGGAGGUUUUCUUGUGAUCCAUCCAGUUUCAACCUCAACCUCAACUUUCCUAGGUUCUUCCCCCUUUCCCCCCCUCCUCCUAUUUCCUGUGUUUAUUCAUCAUAAAGUUUAAAUCUUUGUGUGUGUGUGUAUGGUAGCUAGAGAGGAAGGGGCAACUGUUUUUCUUUUUCUUUUCUUUUGUUUUGGUUUUAGCUUUUUGGGCUGAGAUUUAAUUCAUCAACCUACAAAGGGGUAGAGUUAGAUGCGUGUGUAAAGGAUUGGAUCUGUGUUUUUAGUAAAACCCUGGAAACUGUCUGUGGGAAUGGCUCUGAAGGAAUGAAGAGGAGGAGAAAGAAAUUAAACCAUUUUUGAGCAAUGAGGGGAUAUUUUGACUGUAAAGACUUAGAAGGCUGCCACUAUAACUGCUGUUGUGGGAUUAAUUUGCAAGGGAACUCCGCGGGGAUUAGAUCGAAGAGGGACAUAGAUGGAGAUGUCUGUGAGUAUUGUGACACCAUUGUUUAAAGUAGCUAGUUCCCUUUGUGACAACCCGGUGGAGUUUGCUCGAAAGAGAUUGAUGGCGGAUGCCGCUACUUUGCUAUCAGAUCCUGCAACUGCUGAUUCGGCUGUGGAGGGUGAAAUUGUGGUGGCCGGUGAUGAUACUGAGGUUAAGUCAAUACCCGGAAGUGAUGAUGAAGAUGCAGCCUCUGUGGUUUCUGUCGAUUCGGUGGUUGCAGAAGAUCUACUAGCUGACAUUGGAGCUCUUAGCUCAGUGAGUGAGGUGAAGAGCAUUGUUACCAGUGUAGAGAUUUCGGACCUAAGUUCAGGUUUGGUGACGGGUCAAAGUGCUUCAACUAUUUUUGAUGGAAUAAGGCCCAGUGUUUUGUUAAAAGAAUAUGUACCACUUUGGGGGUCAGUGUCAAUAUGUGGGAGGAGGCCAGAGAUGGAAGAUGCAUUAGCUGUAGUGCCUUGGUUUCACGAAAUUCCGCUCGAAAUGCUAAUUGGCAAUAGAUUGAUAGAUGGGUCAAUCACGAGCUUGAGCUCGUUGCCUGCACAUUUUUUUGGUGUUUAUGAUGGCCAUGGUGGUGCUCAGGUUGCUAACUACUGUCAAAACCGGGUACACUUAGCUCUGGUCGAAGAAAUUAGAAUUUUAAACAAUGGCACGAUAGGCACAAAUGAAAGUGAUUUAAAGAAACACUGGGAGAGAGCCUUUACCGAUUGUUUUCAGAAGGUUGAUGAUGAGGUUGGAGGAAAGGCAAACCAUGGUUCUGAUGUGCCAUCAGAACCCAUUGCCCCAGAAACUGUUGGAUCUACUGCUGUUGUUGCUUUAAUUUCAUCGUCUCACAUAGUUGUCGCAAAUUGUGGGGAUUCAAGGGCUGUUCUUUACCGUGGCAAACAAUGUAUUCCGCUUUCAGAUGAUCAUAAACCAAACAGAGAUGACGAGUAUGAAAGAAUCGAAGCAGCUGGGGGUAAGGUUAUCCAAUGGAAUGGGUUCCGUGUAUUUGGUGUUCUUGCAAUGUCAAGGUCAAUUGGGGACAGAUACCUGAAACCAUGGAUUAUUCCAGAACCAGAAGUCACAAUAACUCCUCGAGCAAAAGAAGACGAAUGUAUCGUCCUAGCUAGCGAUGGAUUAUGGGAUGUCAUGUCAAAUGAAGAAGUAUGCGAUGUCGCUCGAAAGAGAAUUCUUUUAUGGCACAAAAAGAACGGAACAACGACAACAACCGCCUCUUCAUCAUCUCAAAGAGGAGAAACCGCUGAUCCUGCUGCUCAAGCCGCAGCAGAUUAUCUCUCGAGGCUUGCUAUUCAAAAGGGAAGCAAAGACAACAUAACAAUUAUUGUUGUUGACCUCAAAGCUCAGAGGAAGUUCAAGAGCAAGACCAACUCUGGGAGCUAAAACACUCGGUUCAAAAUCUGUCUGUAUCAAAGCCAGAGGAUUUGCAUUUUUAUUAUUCUAAUGUCAGUUCCGUAUAAUCUUGUACGGUUCUCUCUUGAACGUAGGCUGAGAGUACUGGCUUUGUAAAUUUGAGGUGUGCUGGAGGUUAUAAAAUUGGUUGUAAUGAAUCAGCCGUAACACCUUCUAACACUUUAGCUAAUUGUAUUUAGUUUUUACUGCCUCCGAGUUUACUGCUCUGAGAGGUAUCUGGCUGGGUUAAAUACUACCAUUUUAUCAUUCUUCACCA